UCUUUACCAACCAAAUUUGGAAUAACAUUUAUUUCUUCAAACGUUUUUUAAACUUACACAGAAAUUAUUUUUAGAGCCAAUCUCUCUCUCGUUCUCCUCGCUCAAGUGCGAAGAAGAUCUACGUUUCUCUUCUUUCUGCUUCUCGAAUUCAUGGAUUCAGAUGAGGGAGCCGAAGCAUUAGAGAGUUCUACAGGAAGGGAGAUGGAUGCGUAUGCAGGAGAUUCAAUUGUGGAGCCAUGUGAGGGAAUGGAGUUUGAAUCUGAAGAUGCAGCCAAGAUAUUUUAUGAUGAGUAUGCACGGAAAUUAGGAUUUGUGAUGCGGGUGAUGUCUUGUCGUCGUUCAGAAAGAGAUGGUCGAAUUCUUGCUCGUAGACUUGGAUGUAAUAAAGAGGGUUAUUGUGUUAGCAUUAGAGGGAAAUUUGGCCCUGUACGAAAACCAAGAGCAAGCACAAGGGAAGGUUGUAAAGCCAUGAUUCAUGUAAAGUUAGAUAAGUCUGGGAAGUGGGUGAUAACUAAAUUUGUAAAGGAACAUAAUCAUCCACUUGUGGUGGCCCCACGAGAAGCUCGUCAGACAAUGGAUGAAAAGGAUAAGAGAAUUCAGGAAUUAACUGCAGAGCUACGAAAUAAGAAGCGGCUAUGUACAGCAUAUCAAGAACAGCUGAGUGCAUUUAUGAAAAUUGUUGAAGAGCAUAGCAAUCAGCUAUCAAAGAAAGUUGAGAAUGUAGUCAACAAUCUAAAAGAAUUUGAAUCUAUAGAGAAGGAGCUUUUUCACCAUAGAUAGCAUUAAAGUGAGUAUUCAGCACUAUUCUUAAAUUGGUUGUGCAAUUUUCUGUACUCUUCUCUUCUUCUAGACUUCUCAGGUUUAUAUUUGUUUAUACUAGUUGAUGUCUUGUAGCAAUUUAGCUUUUUAGUUGGUUACUUUAGAUGAUCUUACUCAAUGUACAAUACAGUUGGCAACUUGAUGAUUUAUACUAGCAAUUGUCAUAAAAUCAUGCUUUAGUUUA